UUCCCCCGGCAGACUGACUCUCAGCCCGGACGGAGACACGGAGACAUACCGACAGGAUCUCGGAGAGGUUCGGAGAAGAGACCGAGGACAGUCGGGGAGCGAGAGAGAGAGAGAGAGAGAGAGAGAGAGAGCGAGAGAGAGAGCGAGAGAGAGAGAGAGAGAGAGAGAGAUGAAGAAGAUGAAGAUUAAAGGAGUCUUCACAGUUUAUGACGGAGGAAUAAACGAUCUCUGAGCCACGGACAGAGGCUUCACUCUGAUACAAAGAAAACAGUGAGCCUGCUGCGGAUUAAUAUCAUCAGGAGGACUUUGUCAGCUUGUGAGAAAGACCCGGGAUAUAACUGUUAUUGAUCGGUCUGUAGUCCUGUUUGUUUGGUCUGUAGUCCCGAUCAAUGCUUCAUGUAAACAAACCGCUACUCGAGCUAGCUGCAGUUAGCCCGUUAGCUCUGUGCUGCUAGCACGUAACUUUAGAUUAAUGUAUUAAAAAGGAGCGACGAUAAUCCCAGUUUAGCCAGUCUGUUUGGGUGAUGAUAAUUAUUAACCAACUCUAACCUCAGAUCAUUAACCUGCAGCCGUUGACAGUUUAUGUCCGUCUUCAUAAGUUUAUUAGCAAAAUUAGCCUUCCAGCUAACAGCUAGCUGUUUAUGUGUAAUCGUCUCAGCUUAAUGACAUUAACUAGUUUAUUAAUCACAAAACAACAGAGAAACCAAAUAGAACUGUGUCUUCAGGGCGUCGAAUAGUUUUAGAUAUGGUGUCAUAAAUAAAUCAACUCUUCGAGGAGGAUUAGCAUCAUCAUGCUAACGCUAGCUAGCCGUGAAGUCUGAAAAUUGUAUUGGAGAGUAAAUCCGUCAGCAGUGUCACACACACACACACACACACACACACAGAAACAAACACACACUCGUUUAAUACACACACGUUUUAACAUACACACGUUAUUAUUUGUUUAGUUUAAUUAUAUUAAAGUUUCUGAGCAUUAGCUCCUGAGUGUUAGCAUUGAGCUACAGGUCAGGAUGUACUCUUUGAUCGAUUACUUCAUUUAGUUUCUGAAACAGUCUGAGAGCUGGUUCUGCACAGGACCUACUUUUAUAAACUUAUAUUAUUCAUGGUCUAAGUGUGUUCACAGUGUAGUAUGGAGCUGUGAGGCCCAGCAGGAAGCCUCUCCUGUGGCCGCCCCUCCCCCCCUCAGUCUGGACUCACCCCUUCUGUUCCCCCGGACUGUCAGGAUCUGUUCCCCCGGACUGUCAGGAUCUGUUCCCCCGGACUGUCAGGAUCUGUUUGCAGGACUGUCAGGAUCUGUUCCGCAGGACUGUCAGGAUCUGUUCCCCCGGACUGUCAGGAUCUGUUUGCAGGACUGUCAGGAUCUGUUCCCCUGGACUGUCAGUAUCUGUUUGCAGGACUCUCAUACAGGUUCAGACAGGCUGGUCCCGGGGCUGUGAGCCGGUAAACGGUGGAUGUGAUGGAACUGAUGUUCGCCGAGUGGGAGGACGGGGAGAGGUUCUCCUUCGAAGACUCGGACCGGUUUGAGGAGGACUCGCUGUGCUCCUUUAUCUCUGAGGCUGAGAGUCUGUGUCAGAAUUGGAGGGGCUGGAGGAAGCAAUCUGCGGGACCAAAUUCCCCUACAGUCAAGAUAAAAGAUGGUCAGGUCAUCCCUCUGGUGGAACUGUCAGCAAAGCAGGUGGCGUUUCAUAUCCCAUUUGAGGUGGUGGAGAAAGUGUAUCCUCCUGUCCCAGAACAGCUGCAGCUCCGCAUCGCCUACUGGAGUUUCCCCGAGAAUGAGGAGGACAUCAGGUUGUAUUCCUGUCUGGCUAACGGGAGUCCAGAUGAGUUCCAGCGUGGCGAGCAGCUGUACAGGAUCCGAGCGGUCAAAGAUCCUCUUCAGAUCGGUUUCCACCUGAGUGCGACGGUCGUGUCGAGUCAGGCUGGUCAGUCUAAAGGAGCGUACAACGUGGCGGUCAUGUUUGAUCGCUGUCGCAUCACUUCCUGUAGCUGCACGUGUGGGGCGGGGGCUAAGUGGUGCGCCCAUGUGGUGGCAUUGUGUCUCUUCAGGAUCCAUAAUGCGUCGGCGGUGUGUCUCCGGGCUCCGGUCUCUGAGUCUCUGUCUCGGCUGCAGAGGGAUCAGCUGCAGAAGUUUGCUCAGUACCUGAUCAGUGAGCUUCCUCAGCAGAUUCUGCCCACAGCUCAGCGUCUGCUGGACGAGCUGCUGUCCUCGCAGUCCACGGCCAUCAACACCGUGUGUGGAGCGCCAGACCCUACAGCUGGCCCCUCAGCGUCUGAUCAGAGCACCUGGUACCUGGAUGAGUCAACCCUCAGCGACAACAUCAAAAAGACCCUGCACAAGUUCUGUGGGCCCUCACCUGUCGUCUUCAGCGACGUAAACUCCAUGUACCUGUCGUCCACCGAGCCGCCUGCUGCAGCUGAGUGGGCGUGUCUUCUGCGACCUCUUAGGGGACGAGAGCCUGAAGGCAUCUGGAACCUUCUGUCCAUUGUUAGAGAGAUGUUCAAGAGACGAGACAGCAACGCCGCCCCGCUGCUCGAGAUCCUCACCGAGCAGUGCCUCACCUACGAACAGAUCAUCAGCUGGUGGUACAGCGUUCGGACGUCAGCGUCUCAUAGCAGUGCCAGUGGACACACCGGGCGCAGUAACGGCCAAUCAGAGGUGGCGGCUCACGCGUGUGCGAGCAUGUGUGAUGAGAUGGUGGUGCUGUGGAGGCUGGCGGUCCUGGACCCCACCAUGAGUCCCUGCAGGCGCCUCGAGCUGGCGGGGCAGCUGAAGCAGUGGCACCUGAAGGUCAUUGAGAUCGUAAAGCGAGGGCAGCACAGGAAGUCUCUGGACAAACUGUUCCAGGGGUUUAAACCCGCCGUGGAGUCCUGCUACUUUAACUGGGAGGCGGCCUACCCGCUGGAGGGCAUCACCUACUGCAGCGCUGACAAGAAGAGCGCCACCUUCUGCUGGUCCAGAGCAGUGCAGCUACAGAGAGGAGCCAGAGCUGCUGCAGGAGGGGGCGGGGACACGUCAGAUGGAGGGGGAGGAGCCAGAGGAGAGGGAGGAGCUGAUUUCAAGGGAAGAGGAAGCGUUCACUCCUCCCAGCAGGAAGUGGCCGUGCGUCCCAAAGAGACCAUCCUGACCAAGAGGAAGGGUCUGUCUGUCAGCGGAGGGGGGGGGGUGCUGGUUCGGCUGAGUGGCAGUGUAUCUCUGUCCCUGGAGGACGGAGGAGGGAAGUGCAUGUACAAAGGGCCCGGCUCCUCCUCAGGGGGGAAGCUAAAGAUGACUCAGGGAGGAGGGAAGGGGGGGUCAGUGGUUGGAACAGGAGCAGGGGGGGGAGGGGGGGGGAAACACGCCAGCACUAAGCGGAGGACGAGCAGCGAGGACAGUUCUCUGGAGCCCGACCUCGCUGAGCUCAGCCUGGACGACGGCUGCAGUCUGGCUCUGGGUGCUGAGGCGAGCAACACCUUCGAGUUCCUGCCCCCGCCCCCCGAGAUGCUGCCCUCCCCCAGCCCGCUGCUCCGAGACUCUCGUAAAUACAGCGGGGGUAGCAAAAUGUUCGAAGCAAAGCGCGUGAGCCUCGUGUCCGCUGCAGAUCCUCCACCCCCCCAACUACCCCCUAAAGACACUGUGCUGGACUCUGCUGAGAAGGAGGCGGAGCUACAGGCUGAGCUGCAGGCUGACACGGUCCAGAACAGAGAAGAAGAAGUAGAUUCUGCUGCAGGGAACCAGCCAGCAAGAACCGCUUCAACCAAAACCCCCGCCAAGCCCCCGCAGGGCUGCAGGGAGGCAGGACCUGCAGCAGGAGGAGGUGCUGCAGCAGGAGGAGGAGCAGGAGAAGGACCUGCAGCAGGAGGAGGAGCAGGAGAAGGACCUGCAGCAGCAGGAGGAGCAGGAGAAGGACCUGCAGCAGCAGGAGGAGAACCUGCAGCAGGAGGGGCUGCAGCAGGAGGAGGGGCUGCAGCAGGAGGAGGAGCUGUGGGUGAAGACGACUAUCAAGCGUACUACCUGAGCGCUGCCUCAGAAGAAGGAGCAGACAGACAACUGGCUGAAAACCACCAGGAGGAGGAGCCAGACAUCUUCGCAGGGAUCAAACCGCUGGAGCAGGAGGGACGCAUGGAGGUGCUGUUUGCGUGUGCUGAGGCCCUCCAUGCUCAUGGUUACAGUAAUGAGGCCUGUCGGCUAGCUGUGGAUCUGGCCAAAGAUUUGUUAGCAAACCCCCCUGACCUGAAGGUUGAGCAGCCGCAGACAAAGGGGAAGAAGAGCAAAGUGUCGACCAGUCGUCAGACUCAGGUUGCCACCAACACGUUGACUAAAGCCGCCUUCCUGCUGACCGUCCUCAGUGAGAGACUGGAGCUCCACAACCUGGCCUUCAGCACCGGCAUGUUCUCCCUGGAGCUGCAGAGACCGCCGGCCUCCACUAAGGCCCUGGAGGUGAAACUGGCCUAUCAGGAGUCAGAGGUGGUGUCUCUACUGAAGAAGAUCCCUCUGGGAUUGGUGGAGAUGUCCGCCAUCAGAGAGCGAGCAGAGCAGCUCAGAGACGGAAACUUCUGUGAUUACAGACCUGUGCUGCCGCUCAUGUUAGCAAGCUUCAUCUUUGACGUGCUGUGCACCCCAGUCGUGUCCCCAACGGGCUCCCGUCCACCGAGCCGCAACCGCAACAACGAGAUGCCGGGUGACGAGGAGCUGGGCUUCGAGGCCGCCGUCGCUGCUCUUGGUAUGAAGACCACGGUGAGUGAGGCGGAGCAUCCUCUGCUGUGUGAGGGGACUCGGAGGGUGAAAGGUGACCUGGCACUGGCUCUGAUGAUCACCUACAAGGAUGACCAGAGCAAACUAAAGAAGAUCCUGGACAAACUGUUGGACCGGGAGAGUCAGACUCACAAACCUCAGACUCUGAGCUCUUUUUACUCGAGUAAACCUGCUACAGGAAGUCAGCGCAGCCCGUCCAAACACAACAACACUAGCAGCCACGGCGGGGUAGGCGGGGCCACAGGGGGGGUCUCUAAACACGCCCCCACCUCCUCCUCUGCCGCCCCUGUAGCUGCCACCUCCUCCUCCUCUGCUGCGACUCUGACUGGAGAGGAGGUCUCUCACCAAGACCUGAACCCAGGACAGACCAGUUCAACUGGAGAGACAGUAUCAGAUGGAGCUCCGCCCACUGAGCAGCAGACUGAAACAGCUCCGUUCAAACUGGAAACCACAGUUCCCAGUCGGCUGGCUUUGGGAGCUCGCUGUGGCUCCAGUCAGCGCUGCUGGGGCUCACCUGUCCGUCAGAAGAAGAAACACACAGGUAUGGCGAGCAUCGACAGCAGCGCUCCAGAGACGACCUCGGACAGCUCCCCCACCCUCAGUCGCCGCCCACUCAGGGGAGGCUGGGCAGCUACAUCAUGGGGGCGGGGCCAAGACAGUGACAGCAUCAGCAGCUCGUCGUCUGAUUCCCUGGGCUCCUCCUCCUCCAGUGGCUCUCGUAGGGCAGGGGGCGGAGCCAGAGCCAAGAGCACUGACACCAGCAGAUAUAAGGGGCGCCGUCCUGAGUGCCACGCCCCCCACGUGCCUAACCAACCGUCUGAGGCUGCGGCUCAUUUUUACUUUGAGCUGGCGAAGACGGUUCUGAUCAAAGCAGGCGGGAACUCGUCCACGUCCAUCUUCACUCAGCCGUCAGCCAGCGGGGGUCACCAGGGGCCGCACAGGAACCUGCACCUGUGCGCCUUCGAGAUUGGACUGUACGCACUCGGACUCCAUAACUUUGUGUCCCCCAACUGGCUGAGCCGGACGUACUCUUCCCACGUGUCGUGGAUCACAGGUCAGGCCAUGGAAAUUGGCAGUGCGGCUCUUAACAUCCUGGUGGAGUGUUGGGAUGGUCACCUGACCCCCCCUGAGGUGGCGUCUCUUGCCGACCGAGCGUCCCGAGCCAGAGACCCCAACAUGGUACGGGCAGCUGCUGAGCUCGCCCUCAGCUGCCUGCCCCACGCCCACGCCCUGAACCCCAACGAGAUCCAGAGGGCGCUUGUGCAGUGCAAGGAGCAGGACAACCUGAUGCUGGAGAAGGCGUGCAUGGCAGUGGAGGAGGCGGCCAAAGGGGGCGGAGUCUACCCUGAGGUCCUGUUUGAGGUGGCCCAUCAGUGGUACUGGCUGUAUGAGCAGUCGAUGGGAGGGGGCUCGGGUCAGCAGAGGGAGACAUCCGGACGCUGCGGGGCCAAUGGGGGCCCAGGCAGGAGACCCGUGGAGUCCAGCUGUGGGGUCAUCGAAGUGGGGGCCAACAUGGAAUCAGGGGGGUUGGCGACAGUGACGGCGUCGGUAACUGCGGCGGCAGUCGUCCCCGUCAUCUCGGUGGGGUCCACCAUCUAUCAGUCUCACCCCCUCCCUGUUCAGGCCUUGGCCCACCCCCACAGCGCGGGCCUCCACCCCUACACCACCAUCCAGGCCCACCUCCCCACCGUCUGCACCCCCCAGUACCUGGGACACCCGCUGCAGCACGUCCCCCGCCCCGCCGUCUUCCCCGUGUCGGGGGCUGCCUACCCUCAGGGGAUGCACCCGGCCUUCAUUGGGGCUCAGUAUCCAUUCUCGGUGGCUGCAGGUCCUCAGCCCCCCCUCGCAGCCACAGCCGUGACGUUCCCCGGUGUCCCUGUCCCGUCCAUGACGCAGAUCGCCGUCCACCCGUAUCACACGGAGACUGGGCUGCCGCUCAGCACCACUGUGGCAGUGGGCAGCGUGCACUCUGGUCCCGCCCUCCAGGCCCUGCCCUCGCUCUCCUCUCAACCCGCCCCAUUGGUCAGCACGGCGUUCCCAUCAGAGGACGACCAGCACAGCCAGCCAAUCAGCCAGCAGGGCCUGCACUACCUGCACUCUGCAUACAGAGUCGGCAUGCUUGCUCUGGAGAUGUUGGGCAGACGAGCUCACAACGAUCAUCCAAACAACUUUUCCAGGAGCCCCCCCUACACCGAGGAUGUCAAGUGGCUACUGGGGCUCGCUGCACGACUCGGAGUGAACUAUGUGUAUCAGUUCUGUGUGGGAGCAGCUAAAGGCGUCCUGAGUCCGUUCGUCCUGCAGGAGAUCAUCAUGGAGGCUCUGCAGAGGCUAAACCCCGCCCACAUCCACGCCCACCUGAGAACACCUGCUUUCCACCAGCUGGUGCAGCGCUGCCAGCAGGCCUACCUGCAGUACAUACACCAUCGACUGAUUCACUUGACGCCUGCAGACUACGACGACUUUGUGAACAUCAUCCGCAGCGCCCGGGGGGCGUUCUGUCUGACGCCGGUGGGAAUGAUGCAGUUUAACGACGUCCUGCAGAACCUGAAGAGAGGGAAGCAGACCAAGGAGCUGUGGCAGAGGAUCAGCCUGGAGAUGGCCACCUUCUCUCCCUGAGGGGGUGGGGCUUCUCUCCCAGAGGGGAGGGGCUUCUCACUGCAAGUAACAUCAAAGGGGCAGGGGGAGGGGCUCCAAGACUGUUUCUACCCCAUACACUCAAGAUCUAUCAGGAUCCUUGAUUUUAGAUCGCACACAGGAAGUACAAUCAGACCCCGCCCCCUUUUGUUCAGUAUGUCUGUGGACUAGUGUGUGUGUGUGGGGAGGGGGCUGUGACCUCCAUUCUUCCCUAGUCUCCUUCCUUGUCACCCCAUCCCCAACAUUUGAGGACCUCCUGUUUUUGGUUUGACCUUUUGAUACUAAAGAACCUGAAGAGGAAGAGGAAGAGGAGGAAGAAGAAGAGGAGGAGGAGGAGGAGGAAGAGGAGGAUGAGGAAGAAGAGGAGGAGGAGGAGGAGGAAGAGGAGGAGGAGGAGGAGGAGGAGGAGGAGGAGGGGGGGAUAUUGUUGUUGUUUUUGGGAUCCGUCUUUACAUUUCAACCUAAAAAUCCCAGACCAGCCGGCCCCUCAGGAUCUAGGACUCAGUGAACACCACCUGGAUCAGACUCCUUCAGUUGGAUCUGGAUCUGGACCAGACUGCAGGUGACCAUGAUCAGGUUUUCGACCUCCUGAAGAAGAACAUGAAGAGAGUUUGUGUGAACUCCUGCACGUUGACAACGUGUGGUCAGCAUGCAGGAGUUUAAUCAUUCAAAAUAAAUAACUCAACAUCGGGUGUGUAGGACUUUGAUUUGUGUUGCCAUGGUAACACGCCUGUAACGAAAUAGUUUCAGAGUUUGAUUUCUGGUUUUGAGACGACAUGAGGAUUGAAAACCUUCAAACAGGAAGUGAAGAAGAUCUUCAGUCACAACAAGUUCCUGUUUCUUCCUGGUUCAGGAGAGGAGGGUCUAACCGAGGGGCCGCUGGAUCCGUUCUCACUCCUGAAUUUGAAGUCUGGAGGGUGAGUUCACACCUGGUCCUGGUCUUGGUCUGUACUUGUUUCACAGUCAUAGCCCCCCCCCCCCCGGAGUUGUUUUAGACCAUGGUGCUGUUAUCAACACGUCAACGCUCCAUCCAUCCUGGCAGCUCAGUGGUUCUGGACUCUGAUUGGACGUCACAGGUGAAGGUGUGACCUUGCAGGUGAAGGCGUGUAGAAAAAAGUUGUGUGAUAUUUUUGUAUUCUUUAAAGUGUAGCUCCAUUAAAAGUUCUAUGUGAUUGAAAAGAAUAAAAAAAAUCUGAGCAAUACUAAAGUGUAGAGUUUACUUAAUAAAGACGUUAAAACAC